AUGGAGAAGUCUCAAGAAACUGUCCAAAGAAUUCUUCUAGAACCCUACACGUAUUUACUUCAGUUACCAGGUAAACAAGUGAGAACCAGACUUUCACACGCUUUUAAUCACUGGCUGAAAGUUCCAGAAGACAAACUAAAGAUUAUCAUUGAAGUGACAGAAAUGUUGCAUAAUGCCAGUUUGCUCAUUGAUGAUAUUGAAGACAACUCCAAACUUCGACGUGGCUUUCCAGUGGCACACAGCAUCUAUGGAAUUCCAUCUGUCAUCAACUGUGCUAAUUAUGUAUAUUUCCUUGGCUUAGAAAAAGUCUUGACCCUUGACCACCCAGAUGCAGUGAAGCUUUUUACUUGCCAACUUUUAGAACUCCAUCAGGGACAAGGCCUAGAUAUAUUCUGGAGGGAUAAUUACACUUGUCCCACUGAAGAACAAUAUAAAGCUAUGGUACUGCAGAAGACAGGUGGACUAUUUGGAUUAGCCGUAGGUCUCAUGCAAUUGUUUUCUGGUUACAAAGAAGAUUUAAAGCCACUACUUGACACACUUGGGCUCUUUUUCCAAAUUAGAGAUGAUUAUGCUAAUCUGCACUCCAGAGAAUAUAGCGAAAACAAAAGUUUUUGUGAAGAUCUUACUGAGGGAAAAUUCUCAUUUCCUACUAUUCAUGCUAUUUGGUCAAGGCCCGAAAGCACACAGGUACAGAAUAUAUUGCGCCAAAGAACCGAAAACGUAGAUAUUAAAAAAUACUGUGUUCAUUAUCUUGAGGAUGUAGGUUCUUUUGAUUACACUCAGAAGACUCUUAGAGAGCUUGAGUCUAAAGCCUAUAAACAAAUUGAAGCCCGAGGUGGAAACCCUGAGCUAAUAGCUCUAAUAAAGCAUUUAAGUAAGAUGUUCAAAGAAAAUGAAUGA